UCAGAGCGAGUCAGAGUUUCAAGUCCCUGUCUCUGGACAGUUUGAUAAAAAAAACCACGACAGCCACUGAAAAUAAUCGUAACAACCAAUCGUGUAAGAACUGAAAUGCAAUGGCGAGGAAUGGGUUAUUUUGAUGUGAUGUGAGUGUAAAAAAAAAAAAGUGGCAGAUGUUGUAGAGCAGUAGUAGGGACGUACAUCUUGAGCGCACAUUUAUUAUUUUUAAUUUAAACAUUCAGGACCCAGUAGCAGUACCAGUACUACAUCACAAGUCAGUGCAGAGCAUGUAAUUAAAUAGUGAUAUCUGGUGUUAACUCGUCGAGACAAAGGAUAUGUCCUGGUGUGUCGUGUGUCGUCUUAUAGUACAUCGAGGUCAUAGUUUAACAAUAAUCGAAAAAUAAAAAACAAGUCGGGGCGACUUUCGCUCAGAGGGUAGCUUGCAGUAUGCGUAGGGUUUGUGACAUCGGAUUAUUAUGGCUGCGGGUGAGGCUGCCACAACGAAGCCUCGUCAAGAGAAACAGUACGACUACCUUUUAAAGUUCCUUCUGGUUGGAGACAGUGACGUUGGGAAACAAGAAAUACUCAGCGGUCUCGAGGACGGUGCUUCCGAGUCUCCUUUCUGCGGUGGUAUAUACACAUACACAUCAUACAAAACCACAACUAUUCUUCUCGAUGGAAAAAGAGUUAAGUUGCAGCUAUGGGAUACCUCGGGACAAGGUAGAUUUUGUACGAUAAUUCGGUCUUAUUCACGAGGUGCUCAAGGAAUACUUUUAGUUUACGACAUUACAAAUAAGUGGUCGUUUGAUGGAAUUGACCGAUGGUUAAAAGAAGUCGAAGAGCAUGCUCCAGGUGUACCAAAAGUAUUGGUCGGAAAUCGACUUCACCUGGCAUUCAAAAGACAGGUAGCAGAACGCGAGGCCGAAGUAUAUGCGGCUAAAAAUCAUAUGGCAUUUUUUGAAGUAUCGCCUUUGUGUGAUUUCAAUAUAAGAGAAAGUUUUUCGGAAUUGUCUCGUAUGGCAUUACACCGCAAUGGCAUGGAAAGACUUUGGAGAUCCAACAAAGUUCUCACUUUACAAGAGCUAGCAUGUCGUGCAAUAGUCGCCAGAACAACAGUCUACGAGAUAGACCAAUUGCCUUUACCCAAGUCCAUUAAGUCUCACUUAAAGUCCUAUGCAAUGACGACGACAUCGCAAUUACGGUGUAAUAGAUCGCAAAAUUCAAGUAAAAGCCUUGGAUCUCAUCAUCGAAAGUUGCGGUUCGUCGGAGCGGGUCACAAUGGACUGACAACACCGGGCAAUUCACCUGGCAGCAUUACUGACUCGCGUUCUAGUUGCGCUGGCCGUAAUUCUUGCGCAAUAUCCUGAGGGUAAAAUUUAGCCGACAUUCGGUUUUAAAAAAAAAAAUAAUAAUAAUAAUACAUCAGCGAACGUUUUAUACAUUUGCACUUUGCAUUACGCGACAAAAAAUAUAAUUAUAAUGAUAAUGAUAAUAUCGAAAAAAGGAAACGAGAAAUAAAAUAUGUGAUGCGCAGACAUUUCACAAUGUGUUGUAUUGCGUUAUGAUAAAUAGCAAACGGAUACUUGAUCUUGUAAGUAUGUAAUUAAAAUUUAAAACACAUUUUGAUAAAUAAUUAACGAUAUUAAUUCAAGUGUCAAUAAAUAAUUAUCGAAUUUUCUGAGGAAUGCAGCAUUACACUGGAAAAAAAUUCGAGUGAAUUUGGAUUUUAUUUAAAUUCAAAGUCACUCGGAGUUCCGGAGUUUAAAAAAAAAAAUACUCUUCAUACGGAGUAAAUAAAAUCAUGAGCUCCGCAUUUACUUCACUAAUUUUUUACAGUAUAAUUGCUCAUUCAAUUAUAAAAAAAAAAAUAAAUAAAAAAGAAACCAGGCAAUAAAUGAAUUUAAAUAACAAUAGAUUUAAAAAUAUAGGUAAAAACAAUGAAAUUACAGGUACUUAUAUUUUUAACUUUUUCUUCUCGGCAGUUAUUAAUAGUUAAAUUACGUCAUACUAAUUACAUACAGAUGCUUUUGCAUCGGAGUUAAUAAAAAUGAAGUGUGAUGUAAUUAAGAUAAAUUAUCAAGAUGAUUCGUCCGUUUUUAUCAAGCUAUCGAUGUACAACCGGAAAUAGUACGAUUUAUUAUUUAUAAACAUAGUUAAUACUAAUUAUUAUUAUUAUAUGUACAUAUUUAUAUAAUACUAUUGCAUAUAUAUUUUAAAUGUUAAAGUUUUUGAAUUUGUUGAUUAAAAAUAUUAAAAAUAAUUAGAGAGCAACAAGGCACUGCGUACUAACGCGAAAUACUUUUAUGUAUUUAAUGCAAUUCUCUACUGACUAGUCUUGAAUUAUUUGAAUAAUUAAAAUCGAAAUUAAUAUUAUUGUAAUUAUCCAAAGUGUGAGUAUGUAUAGUAAUUAUUUAAAUUAACGUUAUUUAAUUAUUUCGAGUGUACGCAAAUUUAAAAUUAGGAAAAAAAUUAUUUUUUACAAUCAGUGACUUUACGAAACUAAAUCAUAUAUUAUUGGAUAAAAAAAAAACUUAAUUUUUUAUACAAUAAUGAUAAUAAAGAAAAUAAUAAAUAGAUCACCUUCGAGUAAACAGUAACCGAAUAAAAAAAAAUAUAAGCGGCUAGAACUUAGACACCGUCCUUUGUAUUAAAUUGAAAUAUUUUUUUCGUCGACAAAAUUAACCAGUUCAUUGUACAUAAAGCUGUAAAUUAAUAUCCCGAUUACAAUUUAUGAAAUUUAAAAAAAAUAUUUUUUUGUGAUCAACAAGUGCAUUUUAAAAGCAUGAGUAUGUAAUUUUAUAUCUUUAUUAUCACUGAAAAUGUUAAUGAAAUGUGAUAAUGAGUAAUAGUUUACUGUAAAGAAUAAAAUACCUUUCACUUUGUCACUUUCUACGCAAUCCCCAAAUAGUAGCCUACAGAAGAAAUAAUAAUAAACUUUUAUCUUCUUCAAUGGACACAAAUCAAUCUCAGAGUACGAUUGUGCCAUGAAAAAACUCUAUUCCGUCUUUACAAAAAUAAAAAGAGAGAGAGAGAAUUUUUGAAUAAGCUCAGAAAUUUAAUCUCCGACAAUUAAAUAUCACGAUACUGAUUGUCGAAAUUUAUUUUUUAAAUAUUUAUUAUUGACGUAAACUAAAUAAUAAAACGUAUAGAUUAAAGAAAGUACGGUAGAGAUUUGUGUGUAACACGUGAGGACUGAUAACUAGCAAUAUGUUAUUUGUAGAUUCUUUUGGGUAUGUAAAUAUUAUCGAUGCCGUCAACGUUUUGACAUUCCGUACAUAUAAAAAUAAUUUAAAAAAAAAAUAAAGAAAAAUACUAGCUCGCAAGUGUGUACAAGAUAGAGAUAAAUUGAGAAGAGGAAACAUAAUACGGUAUUUACCGAACAUAUUUUUGUACAUCAUGUAUAAAGUAUGUUACGAAAUUUUAAACUUAUCAUUUAAAUAAAUUUUUCUCCGCACAUUUAUUUGUCUAGUAAUCUGUUAUAUUUAAGAGUGGGAGUAGUGACCGAAUUUUUUAAUUUUACUUUUCUAAUUACGUCACAAUUGAUUAAUAAAUUAAAAAAAAGUAAAAUUCAAAAAUUCUGUUUUACGGCCCAGCCUUAAGGGCAUUCUCAGACAAUCCCUCACUUUUUAAAAAUAUUCAAUGAACUAGAGUUGUCAUCAUAUUUAAAUUUUAUUAAUUCAUUCAAAAAAUGUCCGCCGCAAAAAAAAAAUUAACAACACUUGUUAUUAAGUAGGAGUCAAACGAAAUUUGUCAAAAAAUCUUUAUGUCAAUAUUAAAAUUCGAAAUGUCAAAUUUUUUAGAGUAAAAUUUAUUUACCAAAUUCUGUUCGACUCUUAAUUGAUAACUAAUUAUUUUUUUCUCAAGUCUAUAUCUCAGCGAAAUUUUAAUUCUUUUUUUAAUUAAUUAAAUUUAAAUACGACCAUGACAAAAGCCAUUGAAUAUUUUAAAAAAGAGGGGGGGGGGACUGUAAGAAUGUCCUUAAUAAAAAAAAAAAUUCAAGCAAGCUAUGGUCAGGUCGGGUCAACUGACUCAUAUUUUAAUCAUACUCACUGUCAUAAAAAUAUAUAUUUAAUUAAAAAUAAUAAAACAAAACAAGUGUUACUAUGUAUUGCAUACAUCAUGUUACUUAGACCAAAUCAUUGAAAAAAAAUUUGUAUGAUAUAAUAAUAUUAUACAUGUACUAUAUUAUUGCUACUUCUUAUUACAAAAUAAAUAAAAAUA